CUGCGCGAGCGCGUCGACGCCGUGCUGGACGCGAUGCUGCGCGACGGCGUCAUCGAGCCCGUCGACUGCUCCGACUGUGCCUCGCCGCUGGUAUCGGAAUGUGAGCGCGCGUUUGUUGAAGUCAAAAAUGUAUUAAUCAGCGCGGAAGUAUUAGCUCAUUACGACCCCCAGCGACCGGUUAUAGUAACGUGCGACGCGAGCGCCAGAGGGAUAGGGGUCGUGUUGUCGCAGCCGAGCGACGACGGCAGUCGCGAGCGCCCCGUGGCCUAUGCGUAA